CUUGCAGGUAACCUUGAAAUGACCCAAGGCGGACACUCGGAGCGCUGAGAUGGAGCACAUCCACCUGUUCCGUCAUCAGAGGAGGGGGAUGCUGCCUUUGCUGUGUAACCACGGCAACUCCUCCCUCUUAACUGAAAACAUCACAAAUCCUCAUCUGCGUGAACCAAACACCCAGCCUGCCGUUUACCUGGCUUCUAUUAACCUGUUGUUAUUAAGCCAGCCAGAUCACAUGGUCAGCAAACCAAGAACAAAACCUUUUUCAGCAACUAGAGGUUUGGUCUGAGCUCAUCACCGCCAAGGAUGCUGCUGAUCCCGCUGCUGUGAGGCUCUUUCUCUCUUUCUCUCUCUCUCUCUCCAUGUUUACAGAGCUCCUCCUCUAACGUCGGCGCUGGGUCACAUUUUUUGUGCUCAAUGAGAGCAAGAGGGCAGUGGAGAGGAUUUCCUAAUCACAACGUGCAGCCGAGCCGUGCGCCUGUUUUUCUGUCGCCUCUAUCAAAGUGUUAUCUUGUGAAGCCUGAUAUGAUGACAUCAUUUGGCAAACUGGAUCCUGGAAAGCACCGAAAACCUUGUCGUCUUAUUUGAAUCUGAGGGCAAUACAAUGCUUUCCUACUCAAAGCUCCCAACUACCUGUUAAGAGUGAGGACACAAAGAGCUGCAACGACAUGGCUUUAGAUCAGCCUGGCAUGGACUCCGUGGACAAAAGGUCUGCAAAAGGUCCCGGCUGUAAGCACUCGGGACGGAGGUAUUUGCGGAAAAAGCUCCGGCCUCUGCGAGUUUUGGGGUUGGUCUUCAGCCUGGUGGCUUUAAGUGCCAUCUCUAUCAGUGCCUUGAGCAGGAGUUCAGAUGGGCUCAGCGAGCCAUCGUUCCCCCAGGUGGCUCUUCAGCAGUCGGCCCCACACAGGACUCUUCUUUUCACCCCACACCAGGGGGACCCAAAUGUGUCCGUUGACAUGCCCAUAGCCAUGAAAUCCACAGCAGAUGACAAUAUGACACAUGGGGAGUACCCACAGGACCUUUUUACCCUCAAAGAGCGGCGCCAAGGAGCAGUGGUCCUCCACAUGUUUGGCAUGAUCUACAUGUUCAUUGCCUUAGCCAUCGUGUGCGACGAGUUCUUUGUUCCAGCGCUGACGGUAAUCACAGAGAAGUUCUCUAUCUCAGAUGACGUGGCAGGUGCCACAUUCAUGGCGGCGGGCGGUUCGGCCCCGGAGCUCUUCACCUCCAUCAUUGGAGUCUUCAUCUCGCACAGCAAUGUGGGCAUUGGCACCAUUGUAGGCUCGGCUGUCUUUAACAUCCUCUUCGUCAUCGGGAUGUGCGCCAUCUUCUCCAAAGAGAUCCUCAACCUGACGUGGUGGCCGCUCUUCCGUGAUGUAUCUUUCUACAUCCUGGAUCUGAUCAUGCUCAUCAUCUUCUUCUUGGAUAACAUCAUCUCCAUCUGGGAAAGUGUCACGCUACUCUCCGCCUACGCUGCCUAUGUGAUCUUCAUGAAGUUCAACAGCACGGUCGAAGGCUUUGUCAAGGGUUGCAUGCAAAAGAACCAAGUAGUGGAAGUGGAGGUACAACCCAAGGAUGAGAAGGCAAGCCCCGGGGCGCCAGAAGACGAUGGCAAGUUGUCGGCCAGACCUCGCCUGCAAAGAGGAGGUAGCUCUGCCUCUCUGCACAACAGUUUGAUGAGGAACAGCAUUUUCCAACUGAUGAUUCACACACUGGACCCUUUAAGUGAAGAAUUUGCUGACUCUGAGCUUGGGACUUAUGGGAAACUAAAAUAUUAUCACUCAAUGACUGAGGAAGGUAAAUUUCGUGAGAAGGCAUCUAUCCUUCACAAGAUUGCUAAAAAGAAAUGCCAAGUGGAGGACAGCGAGAAGGCCAAUGGAGUAGCAAGCCGUGCAGAAAAAAACCUUCCAAACAGCUCCAGCGUGGAAGUGGAGGAAGUGACACCACCUAUGAACGGAACAGCAGGGCAAGAGGGGGAGACGGCUGAAGAGGAGGAAGAGGAGGACCAGCCUCUGAGCCUGUCCUGGCCUGAAUCCAACCGCAAGCGCUUCACCUAUCUCCUUAUCAUUCCCAUUGUCCUGCCGCUGUGGCUAACUCUUCCUGAUGUCAGGAAAACGUCAUCAAAAAAGUUCUUCCCUGUUACAUUCCUGGGGGCCAUAUGCUGGAUUGCAGGAUUCUCCUAUCUAAUGGUGUGGUGGGCUCACCAGGUUGGCGAGACCAUUGGGAUUACAGAGGAGAUUAUGGGUCUGACUAUAUUAGCAGCUGGAACCUCCAUCCCUGACCUCAUCACCAGUGUCAUUGUGGCACGCAAGGGGCUGGGUGAUAUGGCUGUAUCCAGCUCUGUGGGCUCCAAUAUCUUUGACAUUACUGUCGGACUGCCGUUCCCCUGGCUAAUGUGGUCCAUGUUGCGUGGCUUCAUCCCAGUGCAGGUCAGCUCCAACGGCCUCUUCUGCGCCAUCGUGCUCCUCUUCCUGAUGCUCCUCUUUGUCAUUAUCUCCAUUGCUGCGUGCAAGUGGCGCAUGAGCAAGCUUUUGGGUUUCAUCAUGUUCAUGCUGUACUUCGUCUUCCUGGUACUCAGCGUCAUGCUGGAGGACAGGGUGAUCACCUGUCCAGUGUCCGUGUGAGAGACCUGCCGAGGAGCUGCCCUCUCCUCACCAACCUCGUCACCAUCUAACAACCAUCCAUACAGUCUGCCAUCAAUCUCACCCUAACCCUCCUGAUCCUUUAUACCACAAGAACUUUGCAUGGGUUUUAGAGAAAACGGGAAUAAAUAUGGAAUCUGUGAAUGUUUUUGGCCCACAGCAGGAGGGUGGCAAGACUUUGUCUAGAAAAGACUUUUUUGGAUAUUAUUUUUGAGGAGGGAUGCUAGCUAAACGAAAGCUAUUAUGCAUGCAAUUACUUUCACUGGAAGAUACUGGAAUCAAGACGUUGCCUGACAGGUUGGAACAGCAAUGUGUUAAAAUUUUUAACAGCAAAACACCACGACUUGAGCAGCAACUGUGAGCACAUUUGAAUGGACAAACUCGCUCAGCAAGCUGAAACAAAUGUCGGACGCGGAUUAAUUUAUUCAUGAGGACAUGGCAGACUUUGUGGAUGAGUGUUUCGCUCCAAACCCGAUGGUAUUGAGACUCUCGUGUGAGAUUUCUGCAGACAAACUUUUGCCUCCUUUUUUUUCUGCGAAUCCAUCUGUGCUCUGUCUUUAUAACACGUUUCAGCCUUCGUCUUGUCCUGCCAAUUGCCGUCAACACAUUACCAAGGAGCAUUUUUUUGUUGUUUUAUUUUUGGCUCAAUAGAACUAGCAGUAGGUUUACAGUAACAGUAUUGUUCAAUGUGAAGCCAUCUUAAAAGUCUGCUUCUUUUUUUCUCUCACUGAUUGUACAGAAUCUUCCAUGCUUUACAUGUACCGAUUUGAAAAACGAAAAGAGCAAUAGCAAAAGCCUGACUGAAGUUUAGCCUCUAACCUCCAAUCUCUCACGCUGUUUGGAAGAAACGCAUGAGUGCAUAGGCUCAAUAACUCAAUCAAUGUUAGAAGUGCCACAUUCAAAAAGAUCUUUACCGUGUUUAAGCAUCAUGGUUGGCUUAGAUUAGUCAAUGUGUAGUGCUUUGUUCACCAUAAACCUGCCUCAAAUCACCUAGUCAAGCUGUUUGAGGUACAAGUAACAAGGCAGAAACUGCAUAGAAAAAAAGACCCUUCGGGGUGAGAAAAUAACCAACAUUUAAAAGGUUGUGUACAAAAAAGUACUUUUUUAAAUAUUUCUUGACAAAUCAAGGGUCAAUCUCUAUGUAUGGUCAAUGCUAUUUAACAAGCUGUCUAUCAAUCCAUUUCCUCUAAUUAAAGGUGCUUUUGUGUGCAUGUGUGCAAAUGUGCAUUUGGAGUCACCACACUGAAACUGAAUCACUUAUAGAGACGUUUUGCAUAUAUACACACAUCUAUUCGUCUCUCUUUAAGCUAAGUAGAAUGUGGAAAAAAAAUCACAGACUUUAUAGCAAUAUACCACAUGUUGUCUUUGAGAGUUUAAUUGCUCCACGCAUGUUUUUCUAAUGUGGGAUUUUCUCGUCAGAUGCCAUUACUAAAAGAUUAGCUAAAAUAUGGGGUUAUUUGUUUUUUGUUUUGAUAUAUGAAAUUUUAAAUUGAAAUAUGAGCCCUUCCUGCUCAAUCGAAUGAGCAGAAAUUUAAAUUUGGUUUGGUAUUUGUAAUGUUUAAAAUAAUAAAAUCACAGGGAAAAAGACAUAAAACUGGCCUGUUUUCCUAUAUUCUGACACCCUUCACCUGAGCUAGUAAAGAACGUGCUUCAUCCUGUGACAUAACUGACCAUAAAUGGCAGGAGCCAGUGUUAAUAAAUCUGUUUAAAUACUGUGUCCAAGCUCCUCAAAAUUUUAGAUAUGUGUUUAAUUUCUACCUUCUUGUUUGUCUAUGUUUGUUUUGUGGUGGAAAGAACAUGUGGGACAACACUAUUAAAGUGUGCGGAAGAAACAAACUCGGCUCAUAUUUGAAUUUUACAUUUUGUAUUUUCAAACAAAAAUCAAUAGACGACUCCUGUUUUUGGUUCUUUAUUGCUGGUUUCCGACGAGAAUGCCGGUUAUUAGAAACAUGCAUGGACCCUAAUCCUUCCCAUUUGUCUGUCCUUUCUGUCCCCCUUCCCCACAGGAGGUUAAGUGGGCGACCAGUUUUCCUCCUUCCUGCUUAGAGCUGACCUAAAACACCUGCUUCUUACCUCAGCACAACCUCUGUACAGCUGCGUAGUAGGAGUUAACUGUAAAAUAAUACUAUAUAUAGAUUCUCUGAAUGCGUGAGGAAGCAUGCAUGCAAGCAACUCAGGCUGGUUACCCCAGUGGAGCUUAAGCUGUAUGUUAUAUUUUAUGCUUUCGUUUGCGGAGAAACAUCAAGGAAUCCAACCUUGUUUGUUUUUUUUGUAAAUAUAAAACUUUUUCUUUCUUUUGUUCUGCAAAAACAGAAGUUGCACACAUAGAUUUAACUCACUACUUUUGCUUUGAUGUUCUGGAAGAUAUGAUGAUGUGUUGCAGGGAACCCCUUUAGUAGCACAAUUGAGUGAAAACAUGCAUUUUCAAACACCUGAUUAGCAUUAACAAACUGUAAGCAUACCCAUUCUAGUUCUGUUAAGUAAAUGAGGGCUUUAAAUGCCACAUUUCCUCCUCUUCUUCAACUAAUUUAUACUGCCUCGCAUGAUGUUUAUUUUAGCAUAUGCAAAAUAAAAACCUCAAUCAUAACAAUAGCUGUUGUAAGUGGAUGUGUUUUCACAGAUCCCAUUCUUUCACCAUUCAGUUUGGAAACGUCAGUUUAUGGCCUCGGCAGUGUCUCCAUGUUCCUUGAAAUCCUUCCCUCGGCGCACACAUGACCUGAUGUUUGAUCCGAUCUCACCUUAGAUUUAGUUUUUUCUCACCGCCUCCUCAAAGGAAUUCUUUAGGAAACAUCUGAUUUUUAUGUGCUCUCGCUGAUAUUUUAUGCAGACUAGAAUAAAGUUUGCUUGGCAGAAAAUACUGAAAAAGGUGAGGAAAGUGAAUCUAACGGACAUCUCCCUCUCUGUUUGCCUUCACUUCAACUCUUAAAUUAAGUCUCAGUUUCCAAAUAGAAUGAAAAUGAAUGUGAAAAAUUACCCACAAUUUUUCACAUAACCUGUUCUGAUGAGACAUUUGAAUGUAACAACAGGUACGAAUUUCCAAUGUAUGUGGAUAUUCACAUGUUAUUUUUUAAGUGAAUGAAGAGAAAAAUAAACUACCAGAUGAGUUUAGCACAUGAGCUUUGCAUUGAUUGUGGUUCACAAGGGUAAGCGACCGUGAAAGUUAGCCACUUACAAGCAUUCUUGCACUAGUAAAAUGUUUUAUUUUCUUGGUGUUAAUCUAAGAUUUAUUUAACAUGUACAUAGGCUGUAAACAGAAACAAAUUAUCCAUAUAAUCUAUAUGUGUACAAGAAAUAUGUCUCUUUAUGUAAAAAAACACAAAGUAUAAUAUAAUUAAAACAAAUAAAGAUGCUAAUUCAAAUAUGCAAA